UGCAUUGUGAAAAAACAAGUUCCUGAGAUUGUCUUUCAACGAUACAUUUGAAACACAGAUAAAAUUACUUCCUGUCUCUCAGUUUCCUGUAUCCAUGGCAACCUCUGUUUUACACACUGACUGUAGAGGAACCAAUGUGAAGAGUGGUGUUUCCUGAGAAAACCGUGACUUACAAAAGGGCGGGGGGAGGGAGGUCAACAGUGCCUCAGAAAGAAGUGGAGUUUAGAGAUGUCGUUCUUCAGACUGACAAAGAAAACCUUUUCUUGAAUCAACUGAAUACUGAUAAUAAGAAUUUCCUGUUCUUGAGGUAUCCGGAGCUGGGGCUGUACACUUUCGUCACGUUCAUCACAAGACAACUGCGUUAAUGAUGGCCUGGCGUAAAGUAACCACAAGUGGGAAACAUUUGGAAAAUACUGAGACUGAGAGAGUUGCUUUCUGGGAACAAAUUCGUACGUCACCUGCCAGUAGAUCUUUUCCAGAGAAUACCUUUGGUGGUCCGUUAGAGACCACUGCAGUGUUACCUGUGCAAAUACAACUUACUUCUUCUGUUAACUUGAACUUGGAAAAGAACAGUGCUCUACCAAUUGAUGCUGCUUCCAUGUCGGGAAAAACAUCUCUCAUUUGUACACAAGAAGUUGAAAAGUUGAAUGAGGCUUUUGACAUUUUGCUAGCUUUUUUCAUUUUAGCUUGUGUUUUAAUCAUUUUUCUCAUCUACAAAGUUGUUCAGUUUAAGCAGAAAUUAACAGCACCAGAAAACCCAGGGGAAAAUAGACUUGAAUACUACAGCUUUUAUCAGUCAGCAAAGUAUAAUGUAACUGCCUCAAUCUGUAACACUUCCCCAGAUCCUCUACAAAGCCCUGGGUUGGAGCAGGUUCAGCUUCAUAAGCAAAUUGUUCCUGAAAGUGAGGCACAGGUCAUUCUCUUUGAACAUUCUGCUUUAUAACUCAGCUACGUAGUGACUAUAAGAAAACAUCAGCACCAUGGAUGUAAAUAAAACUGAAGCUUCCUUAUAGAAUUAUAUACUUUGCCUGGAAAUAUGGAUUAUAUGAGUUAGCAUUAUUAAACAUGUUUUUAAUAA